AUGGCCGACGACGGACUGAACAUCUACGACGAGAUCGAGAUCGAGGACAUGACCUUCGACCCGAAUAUCCAGAUCUACACAUAUCCCUGCCCAUGUGGCGACCGCUUCGAGAUCGCAAUCGACGAUUUGCGCGACGGCGAAGAGAUCGCCGUGUGUCCGAGUUGCAGUCUGAUGAUCCGGGUUAUCUUCGACUUGUGGGCUAACUAUACACCCUGCGGGGUAUCUCCAGGCCGAUCUUCCGAAAGCCGAUACGCAGAGUACGAGCGAGGUGGCUGUUCAGGCUUGAGCGUGAGAUAA